ACUCAUAUUGCCUGGCACGGUAACACUCCUUUUAAACUAAUUAGAUUUGAUGAGAAACAUGUUAAUGUUUCUAAAAUCUAUAUCCUGAUUGGGAUAUAGAUUUUCUUGAUAUCCCAAUCGGGAUAUCUAAUUAUAUCCUGAUCGGGAUAUAAUUUCAAACUAUAUCCCGUUCGGGAUAUAAAAAAAAUUUUGCUGCAAAAAAUGAUAUCCCAAUCGGGAUAUAUAUCCCGAUCGGGAUAUGUCUCCACACUGACUAUAACCGACAAUUCAAAAAUGCUAGAGACCUGAGACCUGUAGUUAUGAUAGUCCUAGUUAUAAUCCCUAUGCUGUAAAAAUGUCAGACCUUUCGUGAGAAAUCGAAUAUUCAUUUUCUUAUGAGUUCCCGACACUAUCUUGAGGCUUACAAAUGGUAACAUGUUUUUCGUUAUUAAAGCCUGUUUUAGCGUUUAUAACUUCGUAAAAUCAUUUGCUAUCUCUGUUAGAAUGUGUUUUAAGUAUAACGGUGUUUAACAACAGACAAUUAAAUUAGGAAACCCCACUCGUGACAAAGCUAUUUGUCUUUUAUCAUUUAAAAGAAUCCUUUCGUUUACUAUAAAAUAAAUUCUAUUUCUUUGAAUUGUUACUGUCUGAAAAAUUAUUUUCCGGUUCUAAGCUGAGAGUCGAGAAUCGCGGCUCUGUUCUAAGUUCGGACUCGAACCACGGUUUCUUUUGUUUCGAUUCCGCAUGAGGAACCGAACAUCCCUAAUAGGUAUUAUACCCAGGACUAUAGUAACUAUAAAUCUCAGCUGUCCAGCAUCUUUGAAUUAGCAUCUCGAUUAUAGUGAAUAUACCAAAAAGUCGAACAUUAAUAAAUCGAUCAUAACUCGUAAAGAAAGUCGCAUGGGAACGGUCCCUUUUCGGAUUUUAUUAGACCAACUAGUCCUAUCGAUCAGCAAAAUAUCAGAUGAAUUACUUGGAAAUGUUUUAUCGUGAGAUAUUUUGGAGUUUAAGCGAUUAUUAUUUACCGAACGAAUAGUUUGAUUAGUGUUUUAAAUGUACAAUAUAUCACAUUUUUUGAAUUGUUAAGUAUUCUUUAGUCAUAUCUUUGUUACAGGAGCUUAUAUGUUGGGCGAUCGUCGUAUUCGAGAUAUUUAUCACGUUUGGGUACAUUUAAAUCCCGAAUUGAAUACGGGACCAUUUACCAUUGCUGAAGAUGCUGCUCUGUUACAAAGUAUUAAAGUAUUUCAAAUGUUAAAUCCCGCUAAAAAGAUACAAUGGACAACAAUUUGUGAUAGUGUGCCAAAUCGAUCAGCACCACAAUGUCGACAACGUUAUGGAUAUUUACGAAGUGCUAACGCCGCUCAGCCACCACCAGAAUAUACAAAUGAUUUAGAUGAUAAAUUAUUUGGAUUAGCAAAACUAUAUCCAUCCAAUUGGGUUCGCAUAAGUUCUGAAAUGGAUGGUAUUAAAAUAACCACAUUACAACAACGUUACAGAAAACUCGUAAGAAGUAUGACAUUAGAACAAUGGUUAGAAAAUCAAUCGGAUACCACUCGUGAAUUUUUACAUUUAUUUUAUUCGUCAACAUCUCCAUGGAGUACGUCUAAUAAAAGGAAGAAAACUGAACAAACUGAAGAUGAUAUUGGACAAGUUCAUCUGACAACAAAACAAAUUCAAAUAAUUGAUCAACAAAAGCAAAGAUUUUUGACUAUUGUCACAAACAUUAUGAAACAAAAUCAACCACGACGAUUGAUCUACCCUAGUAGCAUUCCCGCUUCAUUUCGCGGCAAGAAUACAGCCUCAUCUUGCCGCGAUUUUGACAAGAAAUUUGAAACUUAA